AUGACUACCGCCCAUCGUCCCACCUUCGAUCCCGCCCGCGGCAAAGACGCCCUUCGCGGUCCUGGAUACCACCAACGCCUGCUGCCCGCCCACAAAACCCUCAAAUUCCGACAAGCAACCCAAGGAACCACCGACGAGCACUCUGCCCGCGACCUCCGCGCCGAACUGCUACGCGCCGAACGCCGCCACUUUGCCAAAAAGGAAGGACGCGAAUUAUCUCCCGAGGAAGAAGAAGAGGAGGAAGCAGCAAAACCACAAUUGGCACUGGAGCAAGGCAACAAUCUUAAGCGUGAUUUGGAGAAUGGGGAAGAGGGAGGCCAAGACGAGGAAGACUAUGAAACUAAGCGAAGGAGAGUGUUGGAAGAGACGCGUGAUGUGGAUGCCGAUUCAGAUGAUGGGUCAGAAGAAGACUCUGACUCCUCGCACGACGAAGACGAUGAUGAUGAUGAUGAAGCAGAGUUGAUGCGCGAGUUGGCAAAGAUCAAGGCCGAACGUGCAGAAGCUGCUGCAAGAGAAGCUGCAGAACAAGCCGCGAAAGAGGAAGAACAGCAGAUGCGAGAUAUCGCUACUGGAAAUCCGCUUCUUAACAAGGGAGCAUACGACGUCAAGCGAAGAUGGGACGACGAUGUUGUCUUCAAAAACCAGGCCAGAGGAACAGAAGACAAGAAGGGCAAGGAGUUCGUCAACGACCUGCUGAGAUCAGACUUCCACAGACGUUUCAUGAGCAAAUACGUCCGUUAG